UUUUAAAGUCAACUUUUUUUCGUUCUUUCUUUCGUGGGUGAAUCAACAUGUCUGAAGGACAAGAUUGGAUCAGCGUAUUACCAGAUGAAAUUCUCCAUCACAUUCUGUCUUUCUUGACAACCAAACAAUCGAUUCAAACCUGCAUCUUGUCCAAAAGAUGGAUCGACCUCUGGAAAUUCACCCCUGUCAUCGACAUUCAAAUGGCAACUCCUUACCAUGAGACCACUCCAUCUGAACGUACCUUCAUACACAACACUUUGACCCAACACCAAGCCUUCAAACUCCAUAAGUUCAGCCUUGACUUCUCCUACGAAGCCUUAUACGCUGUCGCUAAUGUUCAACUUCAACACUACAUUGAGUUUGCCAUUUCAAGACAGGUUCAGAUUCUCUCAGUUUCAAUUGAGUUACUCUUUGAAUACUUUUGUUAUGUUUUGCCUAACGUGUUUUAUUCCCAUGAUAAUGUCCCAUCAUUAGAACAAGUUUCUUUAAAGGGUUUUCUUUUCAAUCCAAAUCCACCAUGUGAUCUACCCUUUGCUUCUCUGAAAGCCCUUUGCCUCUUUGAUUGUGCGAUUGACGAUGGAACUCUAAAGGGCUUGUUAUCUUACUUUCCUGUUCUUGAAAGCUUGACAAUCGAUUUGUGCCAUAGAUUACUCAACUUCAAAGCUUCUUGGUGUCAAAGUAUGACGCUUAAACACCUUGUAGUUAGAUGCAUGGAUAACCCUGGUUUCAAUCUAGAAAUUGAUUCGUCAAGUUUGUCAAGUUUUAAAGUCGAUGGAAAUACAGUGAAGAUCUCAGUCAGUUCAUUGUCUUCCAUUGAUGAAGCCAAAAUUUUUCGAUCCAGAUAUUAUCCAUAUAUGCAAAACUUUGACACUAGAACAUGGUUAAGAAAUCUUGCCCAUGUAAAAAAAUUUGGUGUGAAUUCUUGGUUUUCUCAGUUUCUUGCUAGAGAAUAUGAGGUGAACAACAAUGGAUGGAAAAUAUUCGAAAAUCUAAAGGUAUUUGCUUGGUUUGGUCCAUUGGGAAAAGAGUGUGAUCUCAUUGCACUAAUUGACUUCUUGGUUCAUUGCCCUUCCCUAGAGAAGAUUGAAAUAGAUUUCAGAUUUUCCUUCUCGGAAGAGGCUGGUGAGCAUAGACCACCUUUUGCUUUGGAGCGUCCGUUUGUUGAGAACAGUGGAGAUGGGCAACCAACAGUUGGAUUUCUGGAUAAUGUGAAGAAAAUUAUCAUACAUCACUUCUUUGGCUAUAAAAGUGAGAUUGAAUUUAUCAAGCAUCUAAUGCAGAAGGCAGUUGUUCUUGAGACUUUAUCAUUAACUUACCAUAGGCUUGAAUUCGGCCCUGAAUACGUUAGUCGUGGAUAUACUAGUUGCCCUCCUAAAGAGUUGGUUCAAGAAGAGAUUUUUAGCUUGUCUACAGCUUCCUCUAAUGUUCAUAUAUCGUUUCAUGAUACUUAUCACAAGUUAGGAUUCUAGAAGCAUCAAUUGAAUAAAUAAUUUCCAUUGAUUUGAUUGUAAAUUGUUGAUGUCUGCAACUGCAAGCUAUUUUUUUUUAUUAGAAAGUAUCAGCUACUUCUUCCCA